AUGAAUAUUAGACUUUUGAAAGAUCCUGCUACUGUGAGUAGUCGUAUAUUUGUGGGUCACUUGCAAACCGACGACAUGACCAAGGUUGAAUUAGAGGAACAUUUUUCAAAAUACGGGACGGUUGUUGGUUCUUCCAUAAAUCGUGGUUUUGGCUUUGUACAAUUUGAAGAAGAACAAUCUGCUCAGAAAGCUAUUCAAAAUGAGGACGGAGCAAUGUUCAAAGGCAGAAGGAUAGAUGUUAGACCGGCGAAGAAAGAUAAUCAAUCCAGUGGAGGUGGAGCAAAACAGUUAGGAGGACCUAGUAAUCAAUUUAAUCCUGGCAGUAAUCAUUUCAAUACUGGAAAUGAUCCUUUUAACAGUGGAAAUCAGAAUUAUGGAGGAAAUUCAAAUUUCAUUGCAAAUCAGAGUUUUGGUUGUGAUCCACAAUUAAAUGAUAGCCAAAAAGGAAAUAACAUGCAGAUACGAGGUAGUGGGAAUGAUCAGUUUGGAGAUGGAAGUCAGAUCAGAGAUAAUGUAAAUGACCAGUUUGGAAAUCAGAAUAGAAACAAUGGGAGUGAUCAAUUUAACAUGAUGCAGAAUAAAGGAAAUAAUAAUUUUAAUCCAAACAAUCAGAAUAGGAAUGCUGGGGAUCAAUUUAAUCAAAAUAGAGGUGGCAAUCAAUUUGGACCGGGUGUAAAUCAAAAUAGACCUGGUGGAAAUCAGAAUCGUAGUGCAAAUAAUCAAAAUCAAAGUGGUGGUGGAAGUGGUAUAAAUAGUAGUGGAAGUGGACGGCCCAGAGGUACCCGAGGUGGAAAAAAUCGAAAUAAAAAUAGAGAUAAUUCAGGUGGGAAUAACUUUAGAGAUCGUAGUCCUAUUAAUAGAGGUACUCGGUUAGAUGAUAAAGGUGGUAGAGAUUGGGAACAUAAACAAGGAGAUAGAUUAAGAGGAAACAAUUUUGGCAGAGAUUCAUUCAAUGACAGCAAUAAUCGUUAUGAAGAUUUCAAAAAUUCUACUUCUAGAGAUAUGAAUAUGAGUUUUAAGGAAUAUGCUGAAAGUAUCGAAAUGAGAUUGAAGAAAAUUGGAUUAACAGUUGAUUUGUUAUUUCCAAAUGAAGAUGUGCUUCUUAGUAGAGUUUUAGGGAAUAUUGCGAGUCGAGGAUGUUUAUAUGCAGUUGUAGUUACACCUAUUAAUCAAGAACAUCAUUCCCUUACUUUAAACAUUCUUCACGGUUUACCUCAAGAACAUAGAAAUAUGCUCGUUGAAGAUGCUAUUACUUUAAUAUCACGAGAUUUUGCUAAUUAUAAAGCUGGUGGACGAUCGGUUCCACUGAAUACACCUUUCGCAAACGAACGGCAUCCUGAUGCUAUACAAGUUCUUUUAAACAUGCUGGCUGAUAAUCAUCAGUUAACAGUAUUGCAAUAUGAUCGUGUUAUAAAAUAUCUCGAAAUUAAACGUGAAGAACAAGUGCAAGUUGAAUUGGGAGAUGUAAAAGAUUUACCAUCCACAACUACGACGAUAACAGUCAGUGAUCCAAAACAAGCUGAAUUACAAUCUAGGAUACUUAAUAUUCUAAACAGUAAUAAAACAACGUCAUCUGCACCAGCACCUAGUCCAGUUCCAGCCCCAACCUCAACGCCAGCGCCCGUUCCGCCAGCUACUUGGGGAACAGCAGCAUCAACUGCGACAACAGCAUCCACAACAACAACAACUACUACUGGAGUUUCACCGUCACCUCUCCUAAACGAUCCAACAGUUCAGAAGGCACUUGACAGUCUGUUGCAAGGCAAUUUACUCAAAAGCAUCGGCGAUCAGCAACCGACUACAGCUUCAACACCUCUGUUUGCUGCUUUUCCGAAUAUCGGCCGAUUUUAA